AUGCAGAGGGAACUGCACAUCGCAGACGAAACUGUUAGUGUAACCAUUGAAGUGUUUAAAAAUGUCACCAACGCGAAGGAGCUUCUAAAGGUGUACAAUGAGAAAACGCAGGCUGGAGACCCUGACUUGCGCCGCUUCUUUCUCCUGUUAGAUGGCCAACUGAUUUUCAGUGACAACCACAUCCUGCACAGCCUCUACAGAGCGUAUCACAACGUCUUAACAAAAAAAAGGGUCACGAGAAAUAUCGUGCUGGAGGUUUUCUUCUUCCUAUCUGCUCACGAAAAUAUCAACGAAUGCCUCAAGCAGUACCAAAUGCGGGAGUCCUCCUCUUCGGUCAUUUACGUUGGUGUCAACAUUCCACAGGAUGAGGUGCACUCCUUCACGGACCUGAUAUGCGGUCAGCAGACCAGCGUGGACGACAUCCGCUUCCUACACGACGAGAAACAAAUUAUGCAGAACUUCAAGUGCACAGGGGAAGUGGCAAAUCUCGAGCGCUUCAUCUAUCACACCAUCGCCUCGAAGAAGCUUAACUUAGGGUGA